CUCUCUCUCUCGCUCUCUCUCUCUCUCUCUCACUUCUAGCUAUUUUAUCCCUCUGGCUGAGGCAGUGGUGUACACCUACCCCUCGUCCUGCUGCCGUCCAGAGGGGAGUGGAGCCGGCAGAGGCAGGUAGCAGCAGCCCCGGCUUGGUGGACGCAUCCGUCGCAUUCCUCCACCAUGCCGGACCCGGGCAAGAGGCGACGAGUGGAUGCUGCUGUCGGCUCAUUCAGCCCAUUGCACACCGGCAGCUCCAUUUAACUCUGCAUGUCAAAGUUUGCAUUUUCAUGACGCAGCAGCAGCAGCAGCGGUGUGGAUGGAUUAAAGGUAUGAGCAGGAUGCCUUGAGCCCGCGACCCCCAUGCCAUUCACUGGUAAAUCCAUAGUAUACUGAGAGUGACUACAUGGAUUAAUACAUUGGAGCGGAGACAUAAAACAUGGGAGACCUGGAGUGUGGCUUUGAGGAAAUGCAAGGGGUGAGACUGGGAUACCUGCUCAUCAAAGGCAAGCAAAUGUUUGCUUUGUCUCAGGUCUUCACCGACCUGCUGAAGAACAUCCCUCGGACCACGGUGCACAAGCGCAUGGACCACCUGAAGGUGAAGAAGCACCACUGCGACCUGGAGGAGCUGCGGAAGCUCAAAGCAAUAAACUCUAUAGCGUUCCACGCCGCUAAAUGCACUCUCAUAUCGCGGGAGGACGUGGAGGCUCUGUAUUUCUCCUGCAAGACGGAGCGGGUGUUGAAGUCCAACAAAAGGAAAGCGAAAGCGGCGUGUUCCCCCGGGGCUGAGGAUGAGUCGCCGGGGCUCCUCCGUGCCGACGCCGAGCUGUGGAGGGAAAAAGUUUGGUUUAGUUUGCACGGCGUCCCGGAGACUCUCACACUUCACAGCAAAGCGGGCAGGAGGAGAGAGCUGCCUUCUUGCCUUACCGACUCCAAACUACCUCAAAUUUACCACAAAACCCACGGACGGGAAUACCGUUCGGUGACCAAGUCCGGUCACAAACACUUUAAAAACUAUGAAACAACGAAAAUAACAGGGAACCGCGUUACUUUGAGCCAAAGGCACUCGUUUUUCCGGAGCGCGGUGAGCCGGCAGCCGGUGGUGCUUCAGUCCGCCAUAACUGCUCAGUCCAGGCUCUCGCGCUCAGCCGGCGACCUACUUCACAAAAGGAAGAGGAGGCGCGAGGGGGGCGGCGGCGGCAGGGACAGCGCGAGGCACUCGUGGAGCAGGAGCAGACACGCGCAGCACCACGUACCACCGGUGCUGCUCGUUCAACCCAAAUCAGCCGGCGGCCCCGGCGCUUCUUUCGGUGCUUUCCACCUCGGUCCGGAUUUCUAUCUCGACCCCAGACCUCACCACCAUCACCACCACCAACAUCACCACCACCACCACCAUCACCACCACGAGCAGGGUUUCCCGGAGAGCUACAGCAGCGACACCGAGUCCAGCACCUACUCGGACCGGGCGUACCCGGACUCGGACUUCGGCUCCGGCCUCUCCACCACCAGCAACUCGGGGAGCUCCGAAGAGGAGGAGGAGGAGGAAGAGGAGGAGGAGGGCGACGAGGAAGAUGACACGCAGUCAGAGAGUUCAGAGGUCAGCUCAGAGGAGGAGGAGAGCUCCUCUCAGUCCGACUCCAGCUCCGUUUCUAGCCGCGUUUCGGUCCAGAGCAUCCGGUUCCGACGGGCCCGGGUCGGCUCCCUCGCGAAAACUCUCACCACUUUUAAAGCACCUUUGGUCCUGCAGCCCACGUUCCACUACAACAACCAGCAGCAACAAGGGAGGCAGGACGGGACACUGGGUCAUGUUGCCACCUCGCAGACAGUGGACAGCAGACAGCAGAGGCGUCAGAAAUGUGAAUUUAUAUGCAGUGAAACUAGAAAGGACCCGGGACCUUUGCAGACGCCAAAAUUCAACUCGGCUCGGGUGGGGGAGUGCUUUUUCGCCGAGUCCAAACGGGAAAGGGCGUUUGAGGCUGAUCCAAACGGGACUGGCCCCGCGGACGAGCUGGCCCCCUAUUCACCGGGGCCCAACCGGAGUAAGGCCUUGCACCCCUCACGCAGGACACCGGGUCCCCCCACCAAGUGCCCCCCGGGACUGAGCGCUAGGUGUGACUACGACAAGCUCCCCAAAUGUGCCAGCAGGAGGGAGGCGAAAGCCGCCUGCCUAAAGCUGCCCACUCCUGUGAAAAGGAUAAAGACCGAGGCGGAGGAGUCCUGCGUGACCGCCGCCCCCCACCCGGACAGCGACAGUACAGCCAGGACGCCACCCUUCAACCUCCACAGUGUGAAAGUUAAAGUGGAGGAAAGCUGCGAUGAAUAUGAAUACCAGAGCCAGGCCACUGUAGUCAAAUGUAAAGGAGACAAGGCAGAGAGCGGAGCCAUCAAACAAGGGGACUGUUUCAGCAGCAGCAGCAGCGGGGUUACAGCCACAGAAAGGAGCCCUGAUGUGGUCCCCAGGUCCCCCUGUGGUCCUCGGGAACCCUGGAGCGGCCAGGAAAGCCCGUGUAUCGACGAGGGGGACCACAGGAGCAAAAACUGUAGGGCUCCGGUGCUGGGGAGUAAGAAAUCCCGAGUUUCCAGGGCGCAAACAAAACAAAACGUGCCCAGGGUCAACAAGGCUGCCUCUUCCUCCUCCUCAUCUUCCUCCUCCUCCUCCUCCUCCUCUUCUUCUUCUUCUGCUUCUUCUUCUUCUUCUCGUUCGGCGGGCUGCGAGGAGGCAUCCACGGAGGAAUUGCCGAGCAGACGCAAACGCAGCACCGCCAGCACUGUAGCAUCGCCUGCAAAAACGCCUUUCAGCCUCAUGGCAAAUUUCCCAUCCCCGCCGUCGCUGGUUGUUGGCAGCGACGGGGAUUUGUGCCCCGCUUACUCCCUGAACUCGCUGAGGGGCCCCGGGCCUCCCCCUCCGUCCCACCCCGUGUGGAGGUGGCAGCCAGGCGGCCAGAUUCUCCCUCCCCCACACGCUCAGAGAACGAGGAAAUACUGAGCUGUUUUUUUUUUUUUUUUUUUUAAGAGAAGAGGGGAAAAAAGCCCCCAGCGUGUCCAUAUGAAACCUAAUCACAGCCAGAGUCUUAACUUUAUCGCUGUUUAUUAUUAUUUUUUCUCCCGCUUUAUUUUUCUUUUCUUUCUGUGAAUGGGUUUACAUUCCGCUUUGUUUUGAAGUUUGAUGGGGGGGGGGUCUACAAGAUCGCUCUUUUUGGAGCCUCAGACAACCACAGGACUGUGAGACACCGCACCUGGAUUUAUGCUGACAAGAACUUAAAAAAAUAAGCUAUCAGUCCUAAGCAAUAUGUUAGGUUCUCGUAAUUGUGUUUACUUGACUUUUUCAUUUUGUUUUUCCCUGAUUUCUUCUUCUUCUCCUCCUCCUCCUCCUCCUUCUUCUUUUUCGCUCUUCUAUGCUGACCUGUUGGAUUGUAUGGUGCCAGGGUUUCAGUAGUUUGUGCUUUGUCUAAGAGAGGAAACGGGGUAAAGAAAAGAAAAAAACAAACAUAAAUCCUUGAGAUGAGACUGAGUGCAAGUUUGACCUUGUAUAAAUCACAAAAACAAAAUCAGGGUUUUCCCCUCUGUGCCGCUUGGUAUAUUUUUUAUAAUAUAUAUAUCCAAGCUGUUUCUUUCUGUCAGGCUUGGCCUCAGAAGCUCACGUGUCCAAGUGUUCAAUUUCAGAGAAUUAUUGAGAAAAAAGAGAAAAGAAAUGGUUCACUAAUGUCUAUCUAUACAUACUCACGGUUAAGCCUUUAUUAGAUCUGACAGGAAUUUAUUCGCGGUGGUUGUAGGUUUUUUCUAGAGUCCUUGUGAUCUGGUUUUCAGCCUUGUUUUUAUUUCUGCCGAGUAUUUCCUGGUUUGUGUGAGUGCGCACAGACGCAGGCCCAGACACAACACAGGCCUUACGUACAGACAAUCAAAAAACAAAAAAGGAAUAAGGCUCAGACCUUCUCAGCACGUUAAGUCCCACGAUAGACUCCUAUUCACGUCCCCUCCCGAUCCCACUCUGGCCAUCGACAUGUGUGCCUGCUUUUUUUUUGUUGUGUGUGUGUGCGUGCGUUUGGAAGCACGGACGUAAUGUAAAUCACAGAGAUGGUAACAAUGCCCAAGAGAGGAUAUGGUUGGGAUGUGAUUCAGGAGUCACCGUGGGGGGAGAGACAGCACCAAAACAGCGUGAAAACACCUUGUAGCUACCCUGGCUGCUCAGAAACAAUGCGACAAAGCACAGGAGAUAGGCUUAAAUGCAUUGCACUUUGAUACUGGUGGGGGUCUCGUUUCAGCUUUAGGGUUUCUGCCUAGCCUGUGAAAUGAUGUCUGAGUGAUGCUGAUAGAAAGAAAAAAGGAAAUAAAAACAGCUAAAGAUGUAUUUGGAUGUAGAUAGAAAGACCAAAUUCCAUUCAUUUAUUUGAAUAUUUAGGAUGUACCCAUACGUGAGUUUUCCUAUGCCAUUUCCUGGUUUCCUGUAAUUUGAUAAUCUGCUGAUUUGCGAGAAGCCACUGCUGUUCAUUAUUCUAUUUUUAGUUUGAAAAAAAAACGCCAAUUAUUUCUAAUUAUUGGCACUGUUCCUCUCCGAGACGCCCAGAAUACAAUCUUAUUUUUUCUCUUUUUUUUAAUGUUUCUUUUUGUCACCAUCUUCUGAAUAUGGCCGCUCAGUGAAUGUAGUGCCCCCCCCCCCAGACCUGUUUCUCUCAGCUUCUCCAGUGGACACACCUUUUUUCUUUCUUUUUUUUUUCUUUCUUCCUCUUUUUCUUUCUUUUUUUUUUUUUAAACAGGAGCGAGUCAAGCGGUCGAGGCUGCACCCACAUGUAGGUUUUUUUAGGUAAAAAUGUGUAGAUGUUUUUUAAUGGCAGUGCAGGACGCGCUCUGCUAAUUGGCAGGCUUUUCUGUCCGCGACAAAGAGAGGCCCAGCUUAUGGCGAGCCAGAUCACAACAAACCCAAAGCCCGUGAAUGAUGUCAGCGCCCUCACAAGCACAGCAAAGGGGUGCAUUCAUUCAGAGGAUUGUAGAAACUAUUUAAUGGGUGAUUGUAAAAAAAAAAAAAAAAAAAAGAAGAAAAUGUGUAAAAAAUUGAGUUUCACUCUGCCUAACACGGUGUGGACACAUAUGGUAGAUGUUCAGCCAUGUGAUUAAAGCAGCACCCUGCAGCCAUGAAGCCCCAGAAACUCACCAUGGGCCUUAUUCCUGCGGCUGGAAGCGACAAUUCAAACUUGAACUUAUAUUCUCAGUCUGUUCAGCUGGCUAUUUUUUCUUUCUUUUUUUUUUUUUCUUCUUUUUUUUCGAAGCCAUGACACAAGCUGGCAUAAGAGCGAGCAGGCUAGCAGUAAAAAGAAAAGAAAAAGAAAAA